AUGGAUUUCCUGGAUUUAUCAAUCAAUCUUAUGGAUAAACUCCGACCGAUCAAAAGAUCAAUCUUGCUCGGCGAUGAACCAGUGCUCGAUGAUGAACCAGUGCUCGAUGAUGAACCAGUGCUCGAUGAUGAACCAGUGCUCGAUGAUGAACCAGUGCUCGGUGAUGAACCAGUGCUCGAUGAUGAACCAGUGCUCGAUUAUGAAUCUGAGACGUCAACUCUCGAAUACACGCAAGAGCCUUUCGACACGUUCAAAGAACGCGUUUCGCUGUUAUGCCAGGAAGUUUUCACUACUUCCAAUUCCAACUUGACGAUCGACCGUAUGCAUGGAGGACUCUCCAAUCGGAUAAUAUGUGUUUCAGUGGCUGGUGAUGAAAGAAAACCUCUUUUUGAACACUUCAUCAUCCGUGUUCCACGUUAUUUAGGAGCUCCUCUUGAAGGCCUUGCCCCCCUGCAACUACUUCGCCAACAAUCAACGAUUCCAAUUCCCGAAGUUGUUCAAUUUGAUACAACAACAUCGAAUCCCCUGGGUAAACCAUACGCGAUCAUGAAACGCCUUUCUGGCUCAUGGCUUUGGCCAAACUACUGGGAAAGGACUCAUGAAGCAAAGUGCAUUAUUGCUCAAAGCCUUGGGAAGGUCUUUGCUGAGAUGCAUUCAAUCACAAGCACCGUUGCUGGUAAACUCGUACUACCAGCUUCCCACGAAGAGUCGUCUCAGGGGUCUUUGAUGAUUCAGCCCCUUCAUAAGUCGAAGACGGAUAUAGUGGUUCCAUAUAAGAUUGGACCCGCCAGUAAAAACACUUUUGACACAAUAUGCGGAAUAAUAGAGCAUCAGAAAGAGCUACUUAUCACUCUCGGCCCAACUGGCGAGGUUGAGCUGGAUUUCUUCGAAAAAUGGGAGACUAUAGCAUUGGAAAUGAAUGACCUAGGAAUAUUUGAUCAAAACGGUUAUUGCCUUUGUCAUUUCGAUUUCGAGGCUCGAAAUGUCAUGUCGCAAGAACAGACCGUUAUCGGGAUUCUUGAUUGGGAUGACGCUCUCUUUGUCCCACUCUUCAUGUCUUGUACCCCACCAAUGUGGAUUUGGGAUGCGACCGCCUACGAAGACGAGGACGAGCGGCGUGCAGGGGAGAUUCCGCCAACUCCUGAGCUUCGUCAAAUCAAGGAGCUGUUCGAGGAAGCCGCUGGCCCAACCUAUCUUCGAUAUGCGUAUCUCCCUCACAACCGACUAGCUCGUAUCCUUUUUCGAUUCAUCAUUGAUGGAAUAACAGCCAAUGAAGACUGGCAUACAUCCGAGCUGCUUCAGAGCGAGUGGGAUGAAGUUCGGGACGCUCUGGAAUUGGCCAUGCAUGGCAAAGAAUCUGAUGGCUUGGGUGACCAAUAA